AUGUACAUAGUAAGGACAGCUCGGAGUCCACCGAUUGAGCUGUCCCGCCUUGCCAGGGAUCCUAAUCAGCGUUGCAUCCAGUCCGCACAGCUCUGCGUACAUAUUGGCUGCAUCACAGCGCUAAAAGAAAAACCACCCCACGGCCUGGCGAUCAGCAGAGAACAACAGGGCAACAUGUGCAGAGUUGUGUGGAUGGAGAAGGCUGUGAUUAGUUUAUGGAGGGCGGAGAGCAACUGGCUGGUCCCGUCAUCCGGGACAGUUAGUUCGAGGCCUGCAUGCUGUCAUCAUCUGCAAGAGAUGCUGCUGCAGAAUCAACAAGAGCCAGAGGGGAAGAAAUGGGCAAGACGGCUACUAUCAACCCAAUGGACUCGCUGGGAAAUAGCCUGUGAUGGCUAUACAGCGGCAAGAUUCGCUGAUCUUGAGCCUUUCUUUUUCUCUUGGGAAGCCAUAUUUUCCAGUCUGUUCUUCCUGGGGAUCUGGUCUGAGCAACGCUAA